AUGGCACUUCUUCCAUUAGCUGUUCGUUUAGCAUCAACACUUUUACAAAAACCAGAUAUUCAAACAUCAAAUGCUCAUAUAAAUAAUAAACCUAGUACAGAAAUAGAUAUAUUAACUAAAGAAGAAAUUUCAACUAUUAUUAAUACUAAUAAUGAAGAUGAAAAAGAAAGUACUAAUGAUACAAUUAGUUCAAAUAAUUUUUUAUAUGAAUUUGAACAAAUGUUUUUUUCAUCAUCAUCAUCAUCAUCAGAACUUAAUCUUUCAAUAGCAUUACAAUCAUUACAUAAUACUAGUUCAUUAUCAUUAACAUCAUUAGAUAAUCAACAACAAUUAAUAACAGAUGAUGAUGAUGAAAAUAAUUCAUUAACACCAAUACAAAUAACAAGUGAAGAUGAAUCGGUGCUUUAUUUACGUUUAUCUAAUGAAUUAAAUAUUACGGAAGCAACAUUUGAUAGUGAUCUUGAUCGAAUAGAUCGACAAUGA